GUCAUGUGACUAGUAUGUCAUGGGUUCAAACCGUGAAAAUAGUCCCUAGCAGAACUGUAAGGCGAGGCUGCAUAUAAUAGACCCUUGUGGAUCGGCUUUCACCUGGGCCUCGCGCAUAGUGACUGACAUCUUUAGUUCACCACUGCCCUUUUUUCAACCACGAUAGUGCCCGAGCCAGUUUACCCCCUCGGCUAUUUCAUUAGCACUUGCUACCUACCACUAGCACAUAUGUUUGAGAGAAAUCAUUCCAUGGGCCCCGCACAUAGUGUGAUCUUUAGUGCACCACUGCCCUUUUUUUAACCACGGUAGUGUCUGAGCCAGUUUACCCACCUCGGCUAUAUCAUCGGUACCUGCUACCUACCACUAGCACAUACGUUGGAGAGAAAUCAUUCUGUUGGGAUUUGAUUUACUGUAUCAUAAUUGAAACAAUAUAAAGAUUGUGGAGUAUUUGAGAUAUUCUAUAUUUUUGGUAACCUUAUUGUGACAUAAAAAAUUUUCAUAAUGCAUUGGCAGUUUAGUCACAUGCUCACACCAACCAAAGUUAUGAUUUUUCAAUUGAUUUGAGUCUUUCUUUAUUGGUGAGGGUUUUAGGUUGAACCCUACCAGUAUAUAAGCAUCCAAAAAAGUGAACAGUGAUUGGACUCAGAGUUUCUUUUAACCCGUUAAGCCUUGAAAAAGACAUGCACAUGGAGUGUGGAAAUAUCUUAUGUACAGAUCUGGCCAUAGUGACAAGAACAAAAAUGUUACAAGUUACUAGACUAUGUUUAAAUAGCCAUCCCCCUUAUGAAAUAUCUAUGUCAUGGUAUCAAGUUGGUUAGAUUUAAGUCGACUUCUUUGGACUGUUGCUGUUGUAAUAUAUGGCAAGAAGAUAUUUUUUUUUUUCAAAAUUUGUAUCUAUUUGCAGUUAAAGGGUAGCAUUACAGCAAAAGAGCUACAACCAAACGUUUCUUUAUAGUGGAAGUUGUCAUUAUUGACACAAACUUUGUGGCCAACAUCAACAAAGACAUUCUUCCACCUUAUCUUUUUCAUUAGUGUGAUGAUUGAUGAGAACUUAGUACUACUAUGUGGCUAUGGUGCUAUUGUUCUAAAGGGAAGAAUAUUAGAGAAUUUAGUCUUUGAACGUUUCUACUAAUUGGUGAAGGCUGUAUGCAGCUCAUGUUUUAUGUACUAUCUAUAUAUUAAGCCAUCUACAUAUUUUAGACGAGUUGCUUUAAGGGUCCUAUAUUAUCUCCAAAUUUUUAGAGGCUGUCUAAGAAUAUAUCGAUCUGAGAUGGAAGUUCAACGUUCUCUAGAACAAGAGAAAACUUCAGGCAAAGAUGAUGUAGAUGUAAUUAGAACUGGAACUGUGUGGACUGCAGUUGCGCACAUUAUUUCAGCUGUAAUUGGAGCUGGUGUUCUCUCUCUAGCCUGGUGCAUGGCACAAUUAGGAUGGAUUGCAGGGCCAAUCGCCAUGCUUUGUUUUGCAUUUGUUACAUUCAUAUCUUCAUUCCUCAUAUGUGACUGUUACAGGUCACCUGAUCCCAUUACAGGAACGCGAAAUCCCUCUUACAUUGAUGCUGUUAGAGUUAAUCUUGGCAAGAAAUGGACGUGGGUGUGUGGUUUGCUUCAGUAUGUGAGCUUCUGUGGGACUGGUAUUGCCUAUGUAAUUACAAGUGCAACAAGUAUGAGGUUAGUUAGCUAUAUAUGUCGGUCCAGACUUUUGACAUCUCUGAAUUUGGAAAUUCAGAUAUCAAAUUGUUACCACAAAGGAGGAGAAAAAGCACAUUGCCAGACUGGGAUGACCAUUUUCAUGCUGAUUUUUGGCAUUGUUCAGAUAGCAACGUCGCAGAUACCAGAUUUUCACAACAUGGCGUGGUUGUCUGUUGUCGCUGCAUUAAUGUCAUUUUGUUACGCAACCAUCGGAUUGGGCCUUGGAUUUUCUAAUGUGAUUGAAAAUAAGAGUAUCAAGGGAAGCAUUGUUGGAAUACCAACAAGGAGUUCUGCUCAGAAGAUAUGGCUAGUUUUCCAGGCACUCGGAGACAUUGCUUUUGCCUAUCCUUAUUCGAUAAUUCUCCUCGAGAUACAGGAUACACUAAAAUCGCCUCCACCAGAAAACCGGACCAUGAAGAAGGCGUCCAUAACCGCAAUAGUCAUCACCACUUUCUUCUAUCUGUGCUGUAGUUGCUUUGGCUACGCAGCCUUUGGGAACAACACACCAGGGAACCUCUUGACAGGUUUCAACGAGCCGUUUUGGCUUGUUGACUUUGCCAAUGCCUGCAUAGUCCUUCAUCUGGUUGGAGGGUAUCAGGUAUACAGCCAGCCAGUAUUUGCAUUUGUGGAAAAAUGGGCAACUCAAAAGUACCCUGAGAACAGAUUCGUGAACAAGUUCUACGCCAUCAAACUCCCGGUGUUGCCAGCUCUCCAGUUGAACCUCUUCCGGCUAUGUUUCCGGACCCUAUAUGUUAUGUCUACAACAGCAAUAGCAAUGGCGUUUCCAUACUUCAACCAGGUAUUAGGAAUCUUGGGAGCAUUGAACUUUUGGCCUUUGACCAUAUAUUUCCCAGUGGAAAUGUACAUUGUGCAAAAGCAAAUUGGAGCUUGGUCAAGAAAAUGGCUACUUCUUAAAGGUUUCAGUAUGAUCUGCUUGAUUGUAUCUCUAUUGGGCUUGAUUGGAUCAAUUGAGGGAAUAAUUAGUGCUAAAUUAGCUUAAAAUGUAAAAUUUUUCUACUUUGUCUCAAUAAUCUUGCUAGUAAAUAGUUAGCAAGAUAUUGAAUCCAAAAACACUCUAUUUUCCUGCUUUUCAUGAGCCGAGAGUCUAUUUGGAACAAACUCUCUGCCAGGCUGGGUACCUAUAAAGUCGAAAUUCCAACUCAUAAGGGAGUUGUGAUCUGAGCGACUCAAUAUUUUGUAUGUUAUUGUAUUAAGACGGUUUAUCAUUUGUAUACAAAAAGUGUGUCUUUUAUGUUUUGCAA